GCAGCAUUUUCUGCACUUUCUUAGACAAGUUUUCCUCGGCAGUCAGCUCACACUCUCUCUUCAACCAGACCAGAUAUUUGAUCACACAGGUUCAUUAGACAGAUGCAUUCGUCACCGUGCGCGUAUCUUGGGUACUGACCAAAGCGCGCUGCUCUGCAGAGAUUAUUGGGAUUUUCGCUAUAAAUAAAGGCCUCAAACGGAACCGCUCGGCCUAUCGUCCCAUUGCUGCUGCUCUCAGAGGACUGUCAGUAUACAGAGGAGCAAAAACAACAACAUGAGCCCACUCUGACGGAUGGGUCUCCACUCUUCAGCCGGGACAUCCAGAUUCCCGCAGAUUGCUACGGAUCGCCCUGAAGAGCGCAGAGGGGAUUCAGGACGGGACGCGCUGAUGUUUGUGGAGACUUUUUAACUGAACCAAACCAACAAGGCUGCAGAGGCUGCCGCUGGAUUUAUGCAACCGUAAAAAUAAAAAAAAAGGGUUUCUGUGUUUCAAACUCCUGCAGCACCUCCAGCAGAGAAAGUCGUUCCCUCCGCCGGGCUGUUUUGGUCUCUGCAGGAAGGUGGUGGAGGGGGGGAGGCGAAGCGUCUUUGGGGCUCGAUUUUCUCCUGUGGUGUCUGUGUGGAGCGUGCCACACACCCACUCCACAACAAGACGGCUUUUGCUUGCAUCUUCCAGUGUUUCUUCUGUCAGCAAGUACAGCAGAGCUGCAACUCUUCCAGUGCCAGCCCUGACACCAGCGAGGAGCCCUGCCCCACUGACAUGGUGAAGAUGACCAAGUCGAAGACCUUCCAGGCCUACCUGCCAUCUUGCCACCGCACAUACAGCUGCAUCCACUGCCGAGCACACCUGGCCAACCACGACGAGCUCAUCUCAAAGUCAUUUCAAGGAAGUCAAGGAAGAGCCUACCUGUUUAAUUCAGUGGUGAAUGUGGGCUGCGGGCCAGCUGAGGAGCGGGUUCUCCUCACAGGUUUACACGCUGUGGCUGAUAUCUACUGUGAAAACUGUAAAACCACGCUGGGCUGGAAAUAUGAACAUGCAUUUGAAAGCAGUCAAAAAUACAAAGAGGGAAAGUUCAUCAUCGAGCUGGCUCACAUGAUCAAGGACAACGGAUGGGAGUGACAGCGGUGCAACAUCCCAUCUAUUUGAAUCCGUUUUCCUGACCUUGGAAUGCUCUUGGUUUGAACUGAGUGGAGCGACAACCAUUGACCCUGCAUCCCUCUCCCUGCUCCCAUUCACACCCUUUUCCCUUUAAAAGAAAAGACCUCCACUCACCUGCACACACCCACCUGCUCAUCGUGAGAAUCGGACAUAACGAAUGCAUUGGGAAGUGGACUUAAAAACCUCACACCACCUUGAAGAUUGUGUGCUCUCCUUCGCCGCCGCUGAGCGUUUGGGUUCCCUCACCGUAGUCGCCGCCCACCCCCGCCACACCUCGCCUCGGCCCCACCGAAACACGCUUACUAGUGAUUGUGGUGAUGUGGCGAACCGCUGUGUGAACGGAGAGACUUCACUGAAAGAGACAGCUUGUUGUUUUUCUUUAUUCCGCUCAUCUUUGAAGACUUUGUUAUUAUUUUGAAGUUAUAUGCCAUAGUUUUAACUUUUUUGAGGUUUGGUGAAGCUUUGGUUUGAUGGCAGAUGGAUGUUACUGGUUAGCAUUUUAUUUUCCAUAAUAUUUGUUUGGUUUAUUUGUUGUUCUUUUGGGGUUUUUUUUUUUUCUUUCCUCUUCGCUAUUGUCCAAAUGAGCAAUCAGGGAUGGGUUGAGAAGACAUGGGCAAAGGGAGUUUAUUGUAGUUACAAACAUGUAGCAGGUUUUUUUUCCCUUUUUUAAAAAGUGGGGUUUCAGUUAUGUUGGAUUUUAUACCUGAUGUUUCCUUAUGUUUUUAUCUCUCUUUGUGGACUUUCUUUCAUUCUCCCUUCCUGGUACUUUUCAGCACCCAAAAAGAAUCGAAAGCAGCACCUAGUAUUUUGUUUGACAUAAACAGGUAUCAAACUUGAUUUAUAUAUAUAUAUAUAUAAAUGCAUAUAUGAAUAUAUAGAUAUAUAAAUAUUUGUAGUGUAUGGCUAAUUGCGAUUGUGGCUGGUCCCAUUUUGCAGCAGAACCAUGAAUGAAAGAGACAUGAAAAAGGAGCAGAAAUCUUUUUUUUUUAAGAGUUGGGAAGCUGACAUCAGUGUCCUCACUGUAUUAUCCCAUUGUCUAGUAAUGAAACGAUGGAACACCGCUACAUAUGAAUAUAAAUGCACAUACUAUGAUUACAUAUCCAUCAGUUCUAUGAUAUUGUUCGUAGUAUGUAGAAAUUGAUUGGAACAUGGUUUUGGUAUAAAUAUAUAUAUAUAUAUAUAGUUGCUGUCAUGCACUUAUGUGUAUAUGCAUAUUACUGUGUGUGUAUAUGCAUAGUGUGUGUGUGUGGUUAAGCAUUAAAAAGUGACAUACUUGAAUGACGCUACAUCCUUUGCACGCUGCCGAGGCCCGUUAUUCAUCUCGGUUUAGAGGCAAAAAUAUUUGUUUUUUUUCUUUGUUUGCCCUUUUUGUUUUUUUACAGACAAAACUUAGAUUCAAUUUCAUUUUGAUUAGUUUUGCUUCAAUUUUGGCUCCAUAUUGUGUCUUUUCCUCCCAGUUUCUAGACCAAAUUUGAGUACAGGUAGUCUCUGUUUCCUUGCCGCUCUUUCAGAAAAAUCCUGCCUAUUGUCUUUGUUUUUUCUGUUUGUAAUCAUCUUAGAUUUCUAUUUUAGUUUUUGCCUCUAAACCGACUGAAUUAUGCGCCUUUUGGAAUCAUGAACAGCCUCCUCCUUUUCCCUCGUUUUUUUUUUUUUUUUCCUGUUGUGCAGUGCAUAACUGGAGAGAAACCAUGUGAAACCGAUGCGUCUUCCCUUGUUCUGGUUAAACACGGCCCUUGAAAUCCUUAGACAAUUCUGCCCUUUUUUUUGUCUAAAUAUACAUAUAUAUAGAUAUACGUAUAUAUUUUCUAUAAUAACACCUAGAAGUGCACAAAUAAACAGAUAUUAAAUAUAUGAUUUCUCAGAGUAAACAUCCAGGAAAAGACUGUAACUAGGUAAAAUGCCCGGGGCUUUUAUUUUUUCCUUGUACCCGCUGAGAACUGGCCGUAUGUCGUUGGUUUAAAGGAUGGCAGUUUAAAAAAAUCAGCAGUGAUUGAUUACUUUGCCGGCAAGGUCAGUCAGAUCACACCGACCUUUUAUUCAAAAAAAGAAAAAACAGAAAAAAAAAACGUUGACAAUGCAAACCCUUAAUAGAUAGCAAUGAUAUUUACUUGAAAAUUUAAAUACCGAAACCGCUGAGAUAUUGGCCCGUGAUAGUUUUUGUACAUAAGGUAACAUAUUUAAUGUUUUAUACGUAUUUCUACUGGGUUAGUUGUUUUACUUCCCCAACUUGAAGCACUUUUGUUCACUGUACCUCUGUCUGAGAGUGUGUGAAUCUGCGUGUAUGUGUGUGCAUACUUGCAUGUGUUUCAGCCCACGUGCAUGGCUGCACAUGAAAGUGAAUGUUUACUUUCUCUUCAUUUUUUUUCCUCCUCCUUUUCUGUUCCUCUUUUUAUUUUCUUUUUUUUGCAGCUGUCUGCUUUUCACUUCUGCUCCUGCUGAUCUGAGGUCAGGAGCCUGUUUAGUUUUUUUGGAAGUGAUUUAUCCCCGUUUUUGUUUUUCUUUUUUUCUGUUAGCCUGUUUGUUUAGCUUUUGUGGUGAGAGCCCAUUUAGAGGGCUGUCGUUUAGGUCUCUGUUAAGCCGUGUAGACGUCAAGGGCGAGCUGGAAUCUCCCGCCAUGUCGCAGGGAAAGCCUUUAUCGAGACCCUUUCACCACCACAGUUAGUGUCUCCUGUAUACUCGAGCGCUUUCAGGCAGCGGACAUGUUGGAGGUCCUUCGCAGCAGUGCUGGCUGUAUUUAUCUGAUUGUAUUUCACCAACAUGUUUACUUUUGUCCAAAAAUGACCUGUUAACUUCUAUGUUCUAUUUAAUGUGAUGUGUUGCGUCGAUUGGUUUUCGUCCUCUUGACUAUAGCCUCACCGUCUCCUGUUUUAAAGAUGUUUUGAAACGUACCCUAUGUUUACUUCCAUCCUCACAAUUUUUUUUACAGCCAGUUGUCUAAUCUGUUUGUGCAGCCCUGGACAAUUUAGGCAAAAAAAAAAAAAAAGGAAUUGUGCUCCAAGAUGCAUGUAACCAUAGCUUAAUCCUGAAGUUGGUCUUUAAUGGUGCAUUCAAACAGUCCAUACUGAAUUUAGGGCUCACAAUAUGGUGUGCCAUAAUUUAUUGGAACUACCAGGCCCAGUCUUAGUUCCAGAAACAUUUAUAAUGAUAAACUGACUGCUAAGGCUGUUUGGCAGCUUUCAGAAGCUGAUUUAUAGCCAUAUAGGGUAUUUAUGGUUAGAUUUUACAUUCAUAUAUUUGUUCUUCAUGAAUAAGUUAUUCGAGUUGAUGAACUUAAAUGCACCAUUGAAGAAUGAUAAUCAUACUUCCUUCCAAUGUAGCAUCACACACACACUCAGAUGGGACAAAUGUCAUAAAUUUGGUCUGAUCUGAUACAGCAACUGUUGCUCGAUUCGGAAGCUGAUUUGCUUCUUCUCAGCCAAAAUUGUUACUUAGGAUGCGUACGAUUUUCCCGUCCUGUUACUCGUAGGCAGCCAGUUUGUUCGAAGGCUCCUACGGGAUGCCGCCAGCUGUGGUCAAAGUAUCCGAAGAGCGUCCAAACUCUCCCUUUCACGAGAUUAGCCAACAAAAAGCAGGCGCCAGUGUCACCGAUGUGUACCAAAUAAUAACCACGGUCUGCUGAGCGCGUCAGGAACGAAGGCAAUCAGCUCCAAGAGAUUCAACCUCUAUACCAAAUUUAAAUGCUAGAAAGUGUGUCGCUAACGGCGUCACCUUCCUGCAGAAUGUUUAGACUCUCUGAGCUUAACAGCAUCAAAGGCUGAAAGUUGUGGGUAUUUGCUGCUGAAAACUGUUUACUUUUCCUUUUUUUUUCUGUUAUGCUGUGAUGCUGGCUGCCUGCUUUUUGAGCUCUGUCACCUGAAAGGAUGUCGAUCAAAGGCGGGAAAUGUAUACCAGGGAAAAGACUGCACAGGAUCUUUUCUUAGGACUGUUAAAACUCCAGUUUAAGGUCUACAGCAUGUUGUAUUUAUAAUGGCUUUAUGUUGUGCCUGUUUUAUUUUUUGUUUUGUUUCUUCCUCUAAAUUUAAAGACAAAUAUGCUUUUAUUUGAGAACAUUGCUUUGCAUUCUGUCUUAGUGAAGCCAUUUCACGUCUGUUUUCACUCUAAUGUAAACUAUCAGAUAUCACAAUAAAUUUUCAA